AUGUUGAUCAAAGUCCGCACACUCACAGGCAAGGAGAUCGAUCUCGACAUCGAGCCUGACUACAAGGUCUCCCGGAUAAAGGAGCGUGUCGAGGAGCGCGAGGGUAUCCCCCCUGUCCAGCAACGACUUAUCUUCGGCGGCAAGCAGAUGGCGGAUGACAAGACAGCCGCAGAAUACAACCUCGAGGGUGGAGCCACACUCCAUCUCGUGCUUGCCCUCCGUGGAGGAUGUGAUGCCCUUUGA